CAGUAAGUAGAUCGGGAUUAAUGCUGUAACUGCACCACGGAUAUGCACUGCGAGAAUAUCGAUUGUGAAAUCUUCGCAUGUUGUAGACGGUCGCGUCAGAGUAUAAGCAGAUUUACUCGUUGUACAGAGGUUCAAAGUUCACCCCUUUGUAAACACUUCGCCUCCACUCUAUCUCCAGUUCUGACUGACCAGCAACAGAAAUGGAAAUCAAACAAGAAGAAAUUAUUCAACGGUUGAAAAACUUGUACUUAAUUCCGUUUUAUUUAUCCUGUGCAGUAUACUUUGUCUUGUACCAGCCGUUUUGGCACUAUCCCGAGGAGACGAUUUCGGCAGCCUUCUUCAAAGCACUGCCCAUAUUUGCUUUGAUUGUAUUCGUCAGACUAAACGCAGGAGACGACAAUAUCCUCCAGAAUCCACUUCCUAGGAGCGACUUCCACAGAUUUACCAUCCUAGGAUUAAUCUUCUCUAGCAUUGGAGAUGCCUGUCUCGUUGUCAGGGAAACUAUGUUUGUACCAGGGAUGUUAUUUUUCUCCAUUUCGCAUGCGUGGUAUUUGUACGCGCUGGGUCCCGGAAAUAAGGGAAGUAGGUUAGAGUCUAUAUUUUACCUUGGAGGAGUUGGGACAUUUUUGUUCUUGGAGUGUAGUAUAGAUAACAUCAUCAUGAAAUUUCUGGUUUUAACCUACACAGCCCUGAUUUUCACGGUAGCAUGGAGGUCGGUAUCACGAUUUGAGCGGGAAAACACGUACCCUGCCCUGCUGGGAUUUGUGGGUGUCAGUCUGUUCACCCUGUCCGACUUCCUGAUUGGGAUCAAUAAAUGGAAGUUUUACAUCCCCUUCUCGGAGUUUUUAGUAAUGAUAGCAUACUACGGUGGACAGCUUGGAAUUGCUUUAGGUACGCUGAGAGAGUAAAUGCUGGCGCUCAAAGAAUGACAAAUUUGACUUGCGAAUUUCUCCAUAGCAGUCGAUCUAUUCAUUUGAUAGCGUGUGUGUCUACAUGUUACUAUGCUUAGCUUGCCGUUUAAUGUACACCUGAAUGCAAGUUAUGUGUAUUUUGUCAAUGCCAUAAUAAAAGUAAUAUUUUUCUUUUGCGCAUCGAUCUACACUGCGUAUUUCAAUAAAAUACUUUAAAAAAUA